GAGAUUGGAGGGAUAUAUUUACACCACAUAUCUCUCUCUUUUUUCCCCCUCCUCCCUGCCGUUCGUCAACUCGCCAGUCAGUCACUCUGCAGUCAGUCAGUCCGUCCUCCCGUCAGUCGGUCGCUUGAUCGCUUCUAAAACGCAAAGUGAAAAACCCGCGUUACCUAAUUAACAAUAAAAUGUCUAAUUGUAGUACGCGUUCAGAUGUUACAGAUUAUCGGUCUCCGUUGUCCCGCGGAUUAUAUCGCCACGGGGGUUGAUUCGAUCAGAGUCAUCCGAUAUAUUACGAAUUUUUUUCACUACGAUCAACGUCGUUACGACGACAGCGUCGUCCGACGGAGCGACGGGGUUGCAGCCGCGAGUUUUCUCCACCCCGAUCAUUGUUCACCGCCCCCCUUCAUUUUUUACGACAAUUAUUUUCACCAUCCUCGUUGUACAUUAAAAAUACACAGUGCCGUGUCAGUGCUAAAUAUUCGUAAGGGUUUGUCGCGGGUGUGAGUGGCAAUUAUUUUUUUGUCACAUCUAUGUGGUUGUGAUGCGUGAAUUGCUUCCACCGAUUCAUCCGGGCGUGGAAACAAUAGUAGUAGCAGACGAAAUCUGAUCGCAAAAGGUGUGCGAUAGAAAUUGGACCGAGAGAGAAAGAGAGAGAGAGAAAGAAAGAAUUGAACUGAAAUUAUAACGUGUUUAAACAAAUCGGCGAAAAGAAAACGGAGGAUAUAAUCAUCGGGUAUUUCCUUCUUCGUUAUCUCCCACAUUCACAUCGUGUCGUCAAUCCUUGGCGGAAAAUAUCCUAGGCUAGAUUUCCAAGAAUCAUAGAGAUGGCAGGUUAUGUUCCGGUACUACUAAUCACAGCCAACGUCGGCAGUAUAUUCGAAGAGCCGGGUGUAAUGCUCAAUGUAUGGACGGAAGAAUUUUUGGCCACAAUAGCAAGAUUAGAUCCAAAGUUCAUAGCGCUUCACUGCCAGGAAGUGGGUGGAAAAAACUACGAGCAGAGUAUGAGGCAUGUCGAAUAUUUUGUUAGAUUGUUGAUGUCCUCGGAAGAAUUAAGGCUGUUUGACAAAGUGAGGGUUUUUCUGGAUGAAGAUUUUUCAUCCGCCGAACACUUCACCGCUUUGGGAAAUUUUUAUUUUAUACAUGAAUCUUUGAAAGAUGUACUAUUGUGGGAUUUUAAAGAAUCAAGUUUUUCACCGGUAAGCGGAAAAGAUGUACAUUCUGGUAACAUUGAGGCGGUCACAACCAAAGAAAAGGCAAAGUUCCCGCAAGAUUUUUUUCCAGAAUGUAAGUGGUCCAGAAAAGGUUUCCUGAGAACACGAUGGAGUAUCAACGGGACGGUUUUUGAUCUCAUAAACAUUCACUUGUUUCACGACGCCAGUAAUUUUGUGGCGAUGGAAACGUUUCCGUCGGUAUACAGUAAAACUCGAAGAAGAGCCUUGGAGCACACCUUGGAUCGGUUUCACAACGAUCAGUAUCCAAACGUUCCUUAUUUCUUAUUUGGAGAUUUUAAUUUUAGGACAGACACCGCUGGUGUAAUAAAGAAACUUACAGAAGACACUCAAGAGAGCAAACUGCCAAGUAAAAACAAUUUUUCAAAAUUACAAUUCCAUAACAAAGACGACCAUUUGAUUCUAACCUUGGGCAAAAAAGAGUUCUCGCAUUUUGAGCACCAGGAUGUGUUCAUGAAAAACAGUGGCCAGUGGCUUCGAGAGUACGACAGAGAAUUAGAAGACUUUGAAGGAAGGUUAUUAGAAUAUCCGAUUAAUUUUUUACCCAGCUAUCCAUUUGAGGAGAAUAUCGACGAGGGCAGUAACUACAUGCAAACCAGAGUUCCCGCAUGGUGCGAUCGAGUUCUGCUAAGUCCAACCGCAAAAACACUGGCCCCAGAUGCGUCCGCAUCUGACGCGGUAGAAUACGGCAUCAUUGGUCCAACAACGUGCAUGGGUGAUCAUAAGCCUGUCUACCUGAGAAUUGUUCUACUAUCAGAAGCAGGUACAGUAAACUGUUGCGAAUUGGCUAACGCUCCGCAGUAUUGCUUCAAAGUACCCGACAGCUACGUCGAUAGAUUGUCUAUGUUGCCUGAUUGUCGUAGUUACAACCUUGAUAGUAAACAAUCACAUAUCGACAAUUCGUCGUCUAACCUUUUGCACGCUGCACCCAUUAAGCAUGAUCCGUACACGCCGGACAGCAUGGAUAGUCCUAGUCCUUGUGCGCUAGUUGUUCCUGGUGAAGCAUUGCCAGACCUCGAAUCGCCUGACGAUUACGACACGGAAAUUGGCUACGAUCAGUCUGCGCCUCGAUUGUCGACCGCAUCUAAGAGGCUGGACACUGCAGUGUCGCCGGCGCUGCUGAAAUCCAAGCUUGAGCUUAUUGUGCAGAGCAAAACACAACAGCGGAAUUGUAACUUCCGAAAGAAUGUCGUCCGGAUGAAGAAGAUUGAGAAAAGUCCCAGCGAUUGCGAUCUGUACUACGCGUCAACUGAUGAUAAAUCAAAAAGUGAAAAACGAAGGGAAGAUGAAGAGGAUGAUAGUGAAAUUGGAACCAGAAAGAGUCGGAGCAAUAGCGACGUCUCCUGGCAGAGAUCUCAAUUGUUGACGAGGGCUUGGGUGCAGGGUAAAGGGCAUCAAGCUUAUGACAAUUUUCGGUCAGAUCUUGAUAAUCGCAAGUCAUUAUCUAGCUUGAAAUCAUUAGAUAUGAAGUAUUACGAGGGAGGUACGGAUAUGGUGAUACCGAAAAUAGCUAUUAUAAACGCUAGCAAUUUCGAGUCGAACGCAAGUUCGGUACAUAUUAACGACGACAGACACAGUGCGUAUUCUGAAGCCAGGCUUAGCACUUAUUCAGAUAAUAGGACGAAAACAAUUAGCGGGGAAGCUUCUAGCUUGGAGAAAUCCGAUGAGAUAUGCAGUAGGAUUUACGAUGAAAGUGAUUACGACGGAAGAACAAGAUUUUGUGAUAACGUCAAAGAAGUUUUCAACGAAAGAAAUUAUUCAGUCGAGGAUUCCAGUAUUAACAAUGAUAGGGAUAAGAAGAGAUUAAGUGAAUUAGACAUUGAUAGUUUAACCGAUGACAUGAUAUUGAAACCGGAAGACAGAUCGUACAAAGAUACAAAAUCGAUAAGUAGAGAUAACAAUAAUAAAUACGUAUCCAAAGAUAAAAAAGAUGAGACUUUUAUUACCGAUAAAAAGUUAUCGACCAACGUUGACUCGUCCAAAGCUAAACGGUACGAGAAAAAUGGAGCGUCAUCCGAAGAGGAAAAACUUCUCGUUACGACAGCGGAAAAAUGUAACGUAGAAGAAAAAUACGUGGUCGUAGAUAAUUUACAUAGUAGCAGUAGUGGUAGUAGUACUAAAGCCAGUGUAAUACCAAACAUAUACGAAUCGGACACAGGCAACACUGCCAAUGCGAUAAAUGAUAGUUUAAAUACGUACGGUUCGAUUAACGCGGGAUUGCCUAACGAAACUGAGACCGCUUGCAAACCGGAGACCCGUAACGAAGUUUUGGCAUCGUUAAAUACAACACGAAGUAACUCGACCCAGAGUCAAGACGGUAAUAUAAGGCUAGGUAUAACGGCGCGGAAAGUCACCGAGAAAUGUAAAAAUGAUAUUGUCAGAGAGAAGGGCAAAUGCAGGAAAUGUUGCUGCAUCUUAUCCUAAAGUAUACUUUAGCAGUUAUUGCGCUAGAAUAAAGUGUAUUGAUAUUUUUAUGGCAACAAGAUUGGCCUUCUACUGAUGCUAAAUAUGAUUCGGGUUACUUUUGUUUCGUGAAAAUAGUUACCCAAAGUCAUUCGACGAGAUAAUAUUGCGAAAGCGAAUAAUGUUCCUUUCUUAUUGCGAAGGUAAAAACGUGCCGAGUUUGUGCAAAACAGUCAUAAAAUGUUGAAAAUUUAUUAUAUCGUCGGGCUAGUUUUAUAGCCUGGAACAAAGUUAGGAAAUGUAUCGGAGAAUUUAAGACUAACUUCUUGUAGUCAUCCGGUGGAUAAGAUAUACGUAUAUGAAUUUGCAUACGAUAAUUAUAAUGCAUCAUUUUUUUAGUGAUUCUUGAAAAAUAUUGAAUAUUGUUGAUUGUGUAAUUACUUUUUUUCUUCAAUUGUCAUUAAAGGCCUCUUAAUUAGAAUUCUUGUUUUCGAAAGGCAAUUAAUCUUGGAAGGUUUUGCUUACGAUAACAGGGUGUAUACGCACUGGGAAAAAACCGGGAAUGUUUCCUAUCCGAGAAGAAAUCGGGGGAAAAACACGGGAAUUAUCUGGUACUUCGGGAUAAUGAGACAAAUUUUGCAGAAAUAGUGUAUAAUUCAUUUUGUUUGGGGGAACAUUUUUUCUGAUUCUGCCUGGUUGCUGGUGUAUAAUAAUAACACAUGUGUAAUGGUAUAAGGACGUGUCCACCAAAACCGGAAAUUUGGUCGUAAAAGGGUGUAUGAUUUUUUCAUUUCGUGGCAUUCGGUGUCAAAGCACUCGAAACGCAUAUCUAUACUAAAACUGUUCGUAAAAAUGAAUGAAGGCUUUUCAGCACCAAAAUGUAUUUUUAUUUAUCACCUUUGUAAAUGAUAUCAGGUCACAUCCGCCAUUUUUGUAUUAUUGUCGAGCACGACGCGAAAAACCUUCGUAACACAAAGAUUUAUGAAUUUCGGGAAGAAGGUUUAAAAUUUUUUAUUUUGUUACAAAAUAUCGGACGUAACGGUACAAGUUUGUAUGUGGGCACGUGUGAUCUAACACCAUUAGAGAACGUGAUUAUUUUUCAUAAAGUGCGUGAUGAAAGGACAUAACCGACAGUAGUUACGUCCUUUUACCAUUAAUUCAUCCAUUUUUCGAUUUCAACGUUUUUGAAUGUACCCUCAUUUUUUCCACGUAAAUACAAAAGGGAAUAUAAUAAUACAUCUUUUUACCUUUCCGCGUGGUAAAAGGUCGUAUAAUAGCGCAUAGGUUCUUAUACCAUUAGACACGCGAUGUACCUGAUGCCAAAUAAAGGUUUCAAUAUAUUUUAGAUAUUCAAAUUAUUAAUGUACCCUGAAAUCCUUAACACGGUGACGAAAAGCUCUCAUAGACAUUGCUGCGCUCUCAGAUUUCAUUGAUAGAAUUUCAUAUUUCGCAAGUCAUAAACAACAUUCACGAAGACUAAAGUGCGGUGUUAUAAAAAUAUAUGAAAGAUUUGUUAUUUCUUCGAUAUGCAAAAUAACACGAAUAUGCAAAGUAAUACCGGUAAUAUAUGUCAAGGCACCCGGGAAAAAACAAUAUUUUUCAUCGAGAAAUUCGGGAAAAACCUGGAUUUUCUUUCCGGUUUCCGUAUACACCUUGGAUAAGUAGUUUAAAAUAUGAAUAAGCAGAGAGUGCGGUUAAAAGCACAUGAAAAGAAAAUUAAUAUACGUUAGCUUCAAAGUCACAAUGCUGUAUAAAUUUGUAAAAAUACUUUUGCGACUGAUCGGGUUAAUUAUAACUCAGUAAUUCAUUAUCGCUACAUAUUUACGAAUUUGUUAUAUUCGAUUUUAUAGUUUUAAUUUAUAUUUUGUUCUCAUAUACACACUACUUUUAACGGAGUAUAAGUGCCUGUGUUUGCAAUGUACGUAUGUUUGUUCAGGACUAAAUUCAACGUUACUAUUGUGUUUUGAAUAAUUCUUGCAAUUUCUCUUUUACAAAAUGUAAAUACAAAGUUGGGUAAAAUUCGUCCCCACAUCCAGUGAAAAUUGUAAAUCAGAAAAUGCAUGUUCAAAUUUAUUUGAGAGUGAAAAUUCAAAUUCAAGACAAUACCAUUUUAAUAUUAUUAUCGAGUCCUGGAAAAAAAGUACUUAUCGUAUGUGUAAAUGUUAAGUAACGGAUCAGGUACUUAUAGAUAACUAGGGUUGUCGUAAUUACUUUGCAUAUAAGAAUGGAUGAAAUUUGACCACCUUUCAAAUCAAAGUAUUCAUAACAUUUUCUUAAUUUUACUCUGACAUUGAGUCUUACAUCACUUGUAUUUUUUAAAUAAACUGACAUGCGUAACAUUUUUCCUUACGAGUGCAUCUCACGUGUUGCGGGAAUUUAGUAUAUAGUAUCAAAGUGUGUGACACGUUUUUAAUUUAAUUAACGCUGUCAAGCACAACUAGAACUCUGCUCAAGCUCGAAUCUUUAAAUCGACCGAUCGAUCGUAUCGAUUUGAAUUACAAACUCUUAUGUAAAUAUGACCCUAGUUAGAUAUACGAAACUGUCAAAGAUGUGUGCAAUAUUCUGCUUUGAAAUCAAAAAUAUAAAUAUACACUGGGUAAGCUUUAGUCAAAUGAGAAAAAAAAAUCACAGUUAUGUAAGUGUCUUUUGAUUUUUAUUUAUUGAAAUCACACGCAGAUAGAAUAUCGGUAUAGAGAUGUUUAGUGAUUUUUAUUAAUCAAAAUUUGUUUGCACGUGAGAAUGUAAUACAUUUAUUUAAAAAUCUCCAAUAAUUAGAUCUGCAUUUAUGUACAAUUCAUUAUUUUGAACGCCGUGAUUCGUUCCUUGGUUCAAAGCGUUGUAUCUACUGUACAUACAGGAUGUGAACGAUACGUACAUAUAUUUAUACACAUAUGUAUCAUAUUACCUGUAGCAAUUAAAUCGACGAACGAAUGCCCGUUGAACGUUUUCUGCGUUCAUUUUUAUUGUACCUAAUGUAUAAUGUGCAAAGAAAAAGAGAUAAUAAUAAUAAUUAUUCCGCGCAGGCCUUGAGAGAGUAUCCGCGCAUUUAAAUUAAACUGCCAAAGUUCGCAUUAUAUACGAUAAUUAAACGUCUAUUAUAUAUACGUAUAUAUCAGAUAUUCGUACUGAGAAAAAAAAGAUUAAAUGUAAAAAGGAACAUAAAAUUUUAUUUUAUUUAUACCAAGUCAUUGCGUAUAUCACACUGUGUAUAUUUAUACGUACAAGUAUAGUCCUUCGUUUCGAGUCAUUUGAUGUUUAUGUGAAAAGAAUGGUACGGACGGGAAUUCCAUAUAAUCAAAUUAUAUAAUUAACGAAUAAUAACUUUUACAAACAAACAAAAAAUAAAAAUAAAAAAUGUAAAAAUACUCGCUUAGAUAACUUUAUUAUAUCGUAAUAAUUAUACAUCCACAACUAACAAUAUUAUAAAUCGUUAACUGUUUCGACGCCAAAUUAUAUAUAUUAUUAUAUACGCGGUAUACACUCAGUUAGAAUUUUACUCAUAUUUGAUAGUGUAUAAACGUAUAACUUCGUAAUAGAUAUAAAAUAUGAUAGGCCAUAAUAACGAUUAUUAACAUUUUUUAUUUUAUUUAUUUUCUUCCGAAAUUUAUUCUCGGAGCAGAAUCUAUCGGAUUUGCUGAAGAAAAAUUAUACUCUUCUCCAAUUCUGUUGUGAAAAAAAAAUUUCUGAACCCCUUUCGCCGUUCUUCCUUAAUGUUCCUUCUACUUCGCAAAUGCAAUUUCUCGGGUUUAAAGCUCCAUCUGUGCGUGGAAUAAAAAGUUCAGUCAUAAAACGUGUUCAGAAACAAGUCCGGUAGUCGUGAUAAUUUCUCGGCGUCUCUACGCGAAUGAACCGAUAUAAUUGUAUGAAAUAGGUUAACGAAUAGAAAAGGAAGUACUGAUUUUGUUAAGUAUUACUUAUAGUUCAUAUGACUGUGUAUAUUUUCAAUGUUUAUUCUGACGCAUGAAUGUAUGCCUAUAUCGGUAUGUGUAUCAAAUCUCGUACUAGAAUAUUGACCAUGAAUAUUUUUACUAUCAAAGUUGAAGGGACCAAGGCUAUAGUGUACUAUAAAUAUCCGUUCCGAUACUGCCUUUAGAGGAAAUUGAUAAAAAUUCGUUCCGUACAUUCGGCUGGUAGGUUUGUUGCUUAUUGUGGAUUUUUACUGACGAUGUUAUACAAUAUAAUGCUUAUUCUCAAUGAGUACAGAACUCGUCGCCUUAACGAUGACGAAUUAUUUCCUUGCAACAAUAAUUCUACUGUAACGAUUACGCGUUAUGUGCGUGAAAAAUUAUCGGACGACAGAAAUCCUGAGCAAAUAUUUUUAAUUGUUAUAUUGAUGAUAGAAAAAUCUACGCAGAUAUGUCAUAUAUAUAUGCUUAUAUUAAAACGUAAACGGAGAAAAAAGAAAGAAGGAAAGUCAUAUAUCUAAAAUUAAUAUACCAAACAUGGAAAAUCUUACUGUAGUAAAAUGAAUUUUCACAUCACCACGUUCAUUGUAUUAUACAAUAAUUAUUGAGAAAAAACAGCGUUACGCUUUAUUUAUAAUCAGAUUAUUUGUACGGCAACGAUAUAUAUUGUAUAAUGUGUAUGAUUAGCGGUAAUAAAUAAUCGCACUUAGUCAUUACGGUAUACAGCUAGUAAAUAUGAAAACUGCUUGCAAGAGUAAAUUUGUAUAUAUAAUUUAUCGAUUACUUUCAAUUAUUAUUGUUGUUGUUGUUGUUAUUAUUAUUACUAUUGUUAUUAUCAUCGUUAUUAUUAUUAUUAUUAUUAUUUCCUCUUUCUUUAUUGUAAAUAUAAAGAAUUAUUUUUUAUAGUUGUCAAAGACGCUGCAUUAUUUAUUUGCACCUUAGUGUUUCGUCAACAAUAAUCACACCUUAUGUUUUAUUUCCACGAACAUAUGCCAGGAGUAUUCGAUGAAACUGGCCGCCAGUUUCACCAAUUAUUUCUUGUAUGUAUUCAACCGCAAUUUCAAUUGGCUUUUUAACUUGAUUGUUUCAUUCAGUAAAGGUCUAUAUAUUGUUGU